CUGAUAAUGACUAUUUGUCACAAUUUACUAGUGCGCUGACUAGGUGUGAUUAUCCAAUAGUAUGUGGGGACUAUGGCAUUUGUACAGAUAUCCAGUGCAGCUGUCCAAAAACAGAGAAUUACUUUUAUCAGAUUGACACCUCACACCCCAGUUUGGGAUGCUCUCCAUACAAUCCAGUCCUCUGUUCACAGACACCCAGAGGGAAUGACAGCAAGUCAGGGCAGUCAUUUCUAGAGCUGGACCAUGUUUCCUAUUUUAGUUACAUGUGGGAAAAGCCCUCUAUUGUAGAAUUGGUAUCAGGAAAUUACUAUAAAUAUCUUUGCUCCAUAAAUUGCUCUUGCAAAGCAGCAUUUUUCCGGUGUGGUUUCACUCCCAAUUCUUCUCUUGGCUACUGUUAUCUCAAGUCCUCGGUCCUCUCCAUGGAAUUGGAAAGUAAGACAACCGAUUUCUUUUAUAAUUCAACGGCUUACCUUAAAGUUCAGUCAAAAUCCAAGCGGCCCAAGUACUUAAUUACAGUUACCACUGUUUCUGCUGUUGGUGCAGCGAUUGCCCUGUUUCUCUUUUUGUGGGCAUGCAAGCAUAAAUUGGGAAAAGCUAGACAAGAGGAGGAAAAGGUUGAGGAUUUAGACCUUCCAGCUGGCUUCCCUGUGCGUUACUCAUUCCAAGAAUUAAAAAAUGCUACCAGUGAUUUCAGCAUGAGGCUGGGCGGCGGAGGAUUUGGUUCAGUGUACGAGGGAAAUCUGUUGAACGACACAAAGAUAGCAGUGAAGCGGCUUGAUGGAGCAGGACAAGGCUCCAGAGAGUUCCGCGCAGAAGUGAAAACUCGGGGGUACAUUCAUCAUGUUAAUUUGGUGAGACUGGAGGGCUUCUGUGCAGAAAAGUCGCACAUAAUUCUUGUAUACGAGUAUCUACCAAAUGGGUCUCUGGAUAAAUGGAUAUUUCCAAAGGAAAACCCUCAGCUUGUUCUGGACUGGAACACCAGAUCCAAAGUGAUUCUUCAAAUAGCACGAGGAUUAUCAUACUUGCACGAGGAGUGUCGAGAACGAAUCAUUCAUUUCGACAUCAAGCCCCAGAACAUUCUUCUGGACGAAAACUUCAAUACAAAGGUCUCAGAUUUUGGGCUAGCAAAGCUGAUUAACAGAGAACAGAGUGAAGUGAUAACCAUGUUUAGAGGAACUCCUGGCUAUAUGGCACCUGAGUUAUUGGGCAUGCAUUUUACUGAGAAAGCAGAUGUCUAUAGCUUUGGCGUUGUGGUGGUAGAAAUUGUGAGCGGAAAGAAAAGCAAAGAGCUUACAACACCAAGCUAUGGGCUGUUUUCAGUUUUGCAGGGUAUGGCAGAGGAAGGGAGAUUGAAGGAUUUAGUAGAUCCUGAAAUCAAAGAUGAAGGGAUUGGUGCCGACCAGGAGGCAGCAAAAGUGUUGGCAAUGGGCAUAUGUUGUAUACAGUAUGAUUUUACAGCGAGGCCGGCGAUGUCGACCCUGGUUAAGGCACUGGAGAAUCCAAGCGAGAGGAUUAUGUCACUUCUCUGUUUACAGGCUCACCGAUUCAGCCGUUGAUUUUCUUUGAGAAAUUUAAUGACGUGGCGCUCUCCUAUGGGCCUUUGCCAUCUGAAUUAUCGGGACCUAGAUGAUAUUUUACUUGCCUUUUUUCAUGGCUCUUUUU